AUGCAUCAUAUUAAAGAUGCUUUCGAGCACCUGAAGAACCGAAACGAUCCUGGUCAACAGCCUCUCCACUCCCAUCAUCAAGGUGGAGGAUUUCCAGGCAGCCAGGUCCAACAACCAACUCGACCACAGCAACCGCUACACCCACAGCCUCCCACAGGCUCUCAUGAACAAAGUCCGUUGUCUGGAACAACUCAAGGUGCCAUCGAUGUUUUCAUGGCUUCCAGACAACCCAAUGGCGAGAUUGGUGGUAUCGGUUACUGGCAGACAGCCAACGGCUACACAUGCAUAGCUCUCAGAGAUGCUUGGUCUGGCAGCAACCGCAAUGCUACACUCCUCCGAGAUCGCCUUUCCACUGUGGAAAGCCAUCACCGACAUUUCAUCAACGAAUUCAACGACGAUACCUUGUGGUGGGGCAAUUGUCUGCUCGAUGCUUACCUAACCAAUCCGGAUCCUUACUAUCUCGAGAAUGCUCGCAAAAUCUGGCAGCAUGUCAAGCGUAGUAUGUUGUCACCAGGCAAAGCCAAGGUGAGAGAUAUGGACAUGGCGGGUGCGGUUAUGUGGACCACCAGACCGAACGAAGAACAAGUCAACGCUAUCACGACUGGUCUUUUCUCCGAGCUCUCUGCUCGCCUUGCUUUGCUCGAAAGACCGGGUCGAGAGACAGCGGAAAUGCUAGAGGCAGCUGAGAAGAGUUUUGCUUGGAUUGAGCACUGCCGUUACCGUUCGCAUGAGUGUAUCGUGCUCGACACUAUCAAGCUCCGGUCGCAAGAAUGCGUUGACUGGACUUUCACUUAUUGCACCGGACAGGCUAUAGCUGCUGCCACUGCCAUCUUCGCAGCGUUCAGCUUUGGUCAUCAAGGCUCGCAAAGCCACAAGUCGCCACACGAGUACCUCGCGCUGGCUUGCAACAUGGCACGUAAAGCAAUCUGCCGAGACGGCUGGGUGGAGAAGGAUGGCACGUUGACUGAACACGGCGCGUAUGGCAAAGGCAACCACGAGCCCUGGAAGAACGACGACGCAGUCGGCUUCAAGUCUGUCUUACUGCGCAGUCUAGCUAAACUGCUCAAGGUCCUACGCGAUACCAACCAAGAGCCUGAUUUGCAGCGACAAUUGGCCGAAUUCAUCAAGAAACAGUUCGACAGUCUACAACAACGAAACACGAAUGGCAACCAUCAGUAUGGACCUUGGUGGAAUGGUCCUAUGGAGAUUCCAACGAGCCAUAGUCAGAUGGCUGCACUCGAUGUUAUGGCAGCUAUUCAUCUUGUUCAACAGUAG